AUGAAAUAAACAAUCUUAUCUUAAGUUUCGAUUUCAGGUAAUGUUUAGAAGGAGAGAUUGAGAACCUUGAUUAGAGGAUAUAAAGUGUCUUUAGACCAAGGCUUUUGGAGAUCAUCAUUUAAUUCAACAAGAAUAAUUAAAUGCUUGAAUAAAGGGGCUUGUUUAGGAGGAAUGAUUCCUUUGAAUAAUUUUGAUGGUUAAAACAUAUAUAAAACUGAUUCUGACGGUUUAUGUGCAUAAGGCUAUGAAGGUAACCUAUGUGAUACUUGCGGGGAACUGGAUGGUCAAGUUUACCAAAGAACCUCAAAACAUUAUUGCGGCUAAUGUCCUGAAUAAUGGAUAUCGUUUUUAAAAGUAAUCGGAUUAUUUUCUGCAUUCCUUAUAGCAAUGGGAAUCUUGAUAUAUUUUAAUCUCAAACAAACCAAGCAAAGUGAAGUCAAUGUAUUAUUGAGAAUUGUGACUAACUAUUUCCAAAUAAUGACUACAACUGGUGCUUACAAUUUGGAAUGGCCAGCAUAUUUAAUUGAAAUGUUUGGUGUUUAUAAUACAAUGGGUGAUGCUUUGGAUAAUUUUGUCUCGAUAGAAUGCUUUUUUAAUCAUUCUUAAUCCUUUUAAGAUGACUACUCUGUUUAUUACGCGAAAGCACUGAUAUACUUCAAUAGGUAUACCAUCCCUCCUUAUUUGGACUAUUUUUCCCCCAGUUUUACUCUUGAUAUAUAUUCAUAGGAAUAGGUUAAAUCUUUCAAAUUCUGA